AUGGAAAAAUCAGAAAAUGUUUAUGGACCUUUGAAACCUUAUAAAGUUGUUCCCUGUUGCUCCGAUGAUAAUGAUCAAAUCCCGUUUUAUUUUAUGAAGUGUAAAUAUAAGGAUGAUAAGGACGACAGUAUAUAUUACGGGUGUAGUCUCGUUAAAGUCUGCUAUGCUCUUAAAGAUACUGAUAAAUCAGUUGAGAGUGGAACAUGUGCGAAUAAUCCAAAUACGGAGUAUUCCACAAAAGAAAAGGACACACGAACUUCCCCUGAAAAUGAAAAAGAAAACAUAAGGUGGAAGUUUGGUACAAGAAUAAUACCUUAUAAAUCUAAUAAGGGAGGCGAAAAUGUUUAUGAUGUUAUCAAAUACAGCGAUGAGUUACAUGGAGAUGAAAUAAGUAUAAGGGGGGAGAAUUUUGGUACUUACAAACUAAAGGAUAAGGAACCGGCAACUUAUAAAGCGUUUUCAGAAUUUAUUGAAAAAUUAACAUAUAAAGCUGAUGAUGAUCGUCCGGAUAAAACUCCAGAAGGUAUAACAUUUCUUAGGAGAAAUAAUAAAAAUAAUGUAUUCUAUAUGUUAAACAAUAGUUAUAUUCGUAUUAGUGUGUCAUGUGCUUUAGGCUUUGGAAUAUUUAUUCUUUUAUUCCUUUAUUUUAAGUUCACUCCCUUAGGAUCUUACUUCCGAAAUAGGUCAUCAAAAGAGUAUAAAAAUAUGAACAGUUUUUUAGAAGAGGUUCCCACAGAAUCAUCACCACAUAAAUCGAAUUCAGGAAAUGCAAAUCCUCAGAGAAAAUCUGCCAUCGUAAAUUACAAGAAAAAUUCGGCUGGUGAAAAAUCCCAGAAAAAUUCAUCAAGCGAAAAUUCUCAGAGAAAACGGUUGCGUAUAGCUUAUCAACCUACAUGA